AUGCUCAAAGAUGGUCCGCAGAGCACGGAGACGUCGCAAAAGAGGCUCAAUCCAGCAGCGGCUUCCUUCAUCCCUGCUAAAUGCACCAGCUCAAAGGCUGAGGUGACUACCCUCACCAAGAGACACGGCCAUUCUCAGCUUGAACAACUGCCGCCAGAGCUCCAAGUGCGUCUGACUGCUCAACUACCAUUACAGGACCUUGUCAGUCUCAGCCAUGUCUCUGCUGCAUAUCGAGCUAUAACCUGCUCCAUGAUUAUUCCUGAUAGGCUUGCUCCUAUUAUUGAGCAGUACAAAACUUGCUUCUCCAAGCUGCAGUCAUUGUCGCCACCUCUGCAAAUCAGGCGUACAAGGCGAAUCGCUCAGAAUGUCUCUCAACGCUACUUUGUCGGCUCAAUAGAGGCGACCUGGCCUCGUAGGACCAUGCCAAUUGUCAAGGCAGACAAACACAAGCUUGUGCUCGCUACCGGCUCAAACCUCUGGACGAGACUCGAUAGACACCCUUGGCGUCGCAUAUCCCUUGGCAAGCCUCACUUGCAAGACAUCACUGCUUUGACAUUGACAGAUCAAGCUGACAUUGUCAUCGUCGGCUUCGCUGAUGGGCGUGUUCAACGAAUCCGACUAGGUGGUACAGCUCCUGGCAUCACGACACUGAAAGCAGCGCCUGGGACUUGUCUCCAAUCCUUAGAUUUUGACGUCCAAUCACAGUGCCUACUGUCUGCUGCAAAGCUUGAUUUUUCACAAAGUCGCAUCACGUACGGAAAUGCCUCCCUUGUCUUGACAAGCAAGGUAUGGGUAGCAAAAUUGUUGGAAACGGCCACCUUUGCUUUGGGUCUGAAAAGCUUGGAACCAUUGUCUGUCCAUCGCCAAGCCCCAGAUGGCAGCAUAAUGCCAAUCUGGACUAUGCCAACACUGGCCAAUAUUGGGAAUUGCCAAGCGAUAGCACCCUUGUCGCCUAAUCUGAUUUUGACCGGGUGGUACUCUAGGCUUGGUGCUGCUCUCUUCGAUACGCGCUUGCGACCCAGCCGAGAGCCGGUCAUUGAUUUGCGUAACAAGUUUGACGCGAGUGCGAAUGUCUCGAUCGCCACGAUGAACCGCGGCCAUGGAUAUCACAUCUUCAGUGGGUCGAGUGAACAUCACAUUAUUCACAAGUUCGAUUUGCGAAGACCAGGCUGCUGGGAUGAUACGCACAAGAAAAUGUCACUCGAUUGGCGCGAAGCCCCACGAGAAACUUAUGACAUCUUCCUGCAGGAUAUCUUGGCCAAUUCGCCAAAUAUGCGCUAUCGUGCUGGCCCAAUUUAUUCCCUUGUGGCUGAACAUGAAAAGGUCUAUGCCGCCACGGAUCAGAAUCUCGUGAGUCUUGACUUUGAAGCGAUCGCCAACGAUCGUGCUGCACCAGUCAGAUACUUUGACUUUGCCCAACUCAAGACGUUGAAAAGCCGCAGCGACGACCGUUCGUUUUGA